AUGUUCGGAUGGCAUGCGGUUCGUAGGGAUGAUGAUGAUGAUGAUGAGGUUGUGUUUGAGGUGUUAUUGUUGUUUGUGUGGUGCUGUGGGGUGGCGGUGGCGAGACUGCUCCGCGCCGGUCGACAUCUGCUUUGCGUGCUGCUUCGUUGGUGCGCCGUGUGCUGGUGCGGUGGACUGUCCGGAGGCGGCGUUAUCGGUCGCACCUGA